CCUUGUUAUGCUACAUAUAAGGCUAUUAAAUCCAAUCAGGAGCAACAGUUUCACUCACUCUUGAUCUUUUGGGUAUCCUGCUUAUCCUUUUUAGCUAUUGAAUCUUUUACUGACCUCUUUUUGAGUUGGUUACCCCUUUAUGUUCAUUUGAAACUUAUUUUCGUGGUAUGGCUCAUACUACCCCAAACACAGGGCAGCGAUGUAUUCUAUUAUCAAACUAUACAACCC